AUGGCUGUAGCAACGCAGCAGAACCAGAGUCUCCCACAAACGUCUCUGUAUGUUGGUGACUUACAUCCUCUUGUGUCGGAGUCACUGCUGUACACGAAGUUUGCUGAAAUCGGCCAUGUGCUAAGUGUUCGUCUGUGCCGUGACCUCGCGACCAGGAAUUCCCUGGGCUAUGGGUAUGUGAACUUCGAAAACCCUAAAGAUGCGGAGCGCGCUUUGGAGGACCUAAACUACGAGUCUUUGAUGGGCCGCCCCAUACGCUUGAUGUGGUCCCAGCGCGAUCCGUCCCUCCGAAAAUCUGGCAGAGGCAAUAUAUUUAUCAAGAACCUGGAAAAAGGAAUUGAACAGAAAGAGUUGUACGACACCUUCGGGUUCUUUGGUAGGAUUUUGUCAUGCAAGGAGGAAUGCGCAGAGCGCGCAAUUGAGAAGAUCAACGGUAUGCUAAUACGGGAUCGCGUUGUUUAUGUGGGCAAAUUCAUACCCAGUUCGGACCGCAAGUCUACCUCGGGUAAGCAACGGUUCAACAAUAUCUACGUGAAGAAUUUCCCGCCGGACACAACCGAUGAGAAGCUGCGAGAGAUGUUUUCCGAGUUCGGCGAAAUCAAAAGUUGUUGCGUUGAGAAGGAUGCAGAGGGCAAAUCGAAAGGCUUUGGCUUUGUAUGCUUUCAUGAUCCUGAUCAUGCCGAGCAGGCCGUCAAGACCAUGCACGGUAAGGAGAUCAACGGCAGGGCUUUGUAUGCCAAUCGUGCUCAAAGGAAGGAGGAAAGACAGGAAGAGAUAAAGCAGCGGCUGGAGAAACAGCGUUCGGAACGUCAAUCGAAGUACGUUUCCGGUGUAAAUCUUUAUGUCAAAAAUUUGGAUGAUAAUAUUGACGAUGAGGAGCUAAAGAAAACGUUCUGUAAAUACGGUCCCAUCACGAGCGCGAAGGUCAUGACCGAUGCCAACGGUCGUUCGAAAGGUUUCGGCUUUGUCUGCUUCACACAACCAGAUCAAGCGGCACGUGCGGUAACCGAGAUGAAUGCAACUUUGGUUGGCUCGAAGCCCCUUUAUGUAGCUCUUGCACAACGGAAGGAAGAUAGGCGUGCCAAGCUGAUUGCAGAACACCAACAGCGUAUGGCGCAGUACAGGAAUAGCACUCAGAUGAUGUCGACCGCCGCCGCUCAUGCACCUGCCCCAAGCUACAUCCCACCGACUGCAUUCCAGCAAGCGCAACGAUACUACCCUACCAGUGCCGUGCUGAGUUCUCAACCACGUUGGAAUCGAGCCGCUGGUCUCUCUGGUAUGCCGACACAAAUAGGAGGAGGUGUACCUGCACGCGCUCCCAUACCAGGUCACUACUUAAGCGCCAACCCAGCUGCUGGCAUGACUCCAAACCCAAUGGCUGCUAUGGCGCAGAUGCGUACCGCAGGAGUGGGAAGGCCGAUGGUCCCCAGUGGCAUGCCGUCUAUGCCCGCUGCGAACCAACAACGCCAUCAAGCUGCGGGUCGUCCAGCUGUACCCAUGCAACAGGUGAUGGCCCCACCAACAGGCGGAUUACCACAAAGGCCUUCGAUGGCAUCUGUGGUUACUGGAGCCGCGAACCCCAAUCCAAAUGUGCGGCCUGUGGCACCCCAAGUACCACGUGGUGUCAUGCACCCAGGAAUGGGUGGUAUGGCGGGAGCACCGGGUAAUGUGCGUUUCAAUCAAACUGCGCGCAAUGUGGCCAAUCAACCUGCUCCGGCCCCACCUAUGUCCACGGUCCUCGCUCCUCUAGGAGAUCAGAAUACAUUGACUAUCAGUGCUUUGGCGCAACUAUCGGACGAUGAGCAAAAGCGUGUUCUGGGAGAGCGUCUGUUCCCACUCGUGCAAGAAAUUUAUCCGGCGCUAGCAAAGAAGUUGACAGGUAUGCUGCUGCUCGGAGUGGAAAAUGCGGAAGUUCUCCACCUACUCGAAUCAAAUGAAUCUUUGCGAGCGAAGACGGAGGUUCGCGAGAAAAUUCAAGUUAUGGAACGUCUCAUUACUUAUAAUGACAGUUCAUCCGUUCUGACCAGAGAUGCACUUUAG